AUGGACAGCUCCCUGCACGCCACGCUCGGCCUUGUGCUCGGCUGCUGCCUGUGGGGCGCGUGGGGCCAGGAAAAGAUCCAUGUUCCCAAUGGGGGGAUGUGGGGCACGUGGGGCGAGGAAGAGUCCUGCCCCGGCAACAGCUUCGCCGUUGGGUUCUCCCUGAAGGUGCAGCUGCCCCACCUCACCAGGGACAACACGGCGCUGAACGGCAUCCGGCUGCUCUGCUCCAAUGGACGCACCAUCCAGUCCAACGUGGGGCCGUGGGGCUGGUGGGGCCUAGUGAAGAAAUGUCCCUCGGGGCAGCGGCUGACCCAGUUCCGGCUGCGGGUGGAGCCCUGCCAGGGCCUCAGGGACGACACGGCCGCCAACAACAUUGAGUUCGUCUGCACGGGCGGGGCGGAGCUGAGGGGCCACGGGCGGCGCCGGGGCAAGUGGGGCCCCCAGAGCCGCUCCUGCGGCCCACGGGGCAUCUGCACCAUCGCCACCAAGGUGCAGGCCCCCCAGGGCAAAGGGGACGACACGGCCCUGAACGACGUCUACUUCAGAUGCUGCGGGCCCCAAACCCUGCCCCCCACCACAACCCUGCCCCCCACCACAACCCAGCGCCCCACCACCACAACCCAGCCCCUCACCUCAAUCCAGCCCCCCAUCACCUCAGCCCAGCCCCCCACCACAACCCUGCCCCCCAUCACCUCAGCCCAGCCCCCCACCACAACCCUGCCCCCCACCUCAAUCCAGCCCCCCAUCACCUCAGCCCAGCCCCCAUCACCUCAAUCCAGCCCCCAUCACCUCAGCCCAGCCCCAUCACCACAAUCCUGCCCCAUCACCUCAAUCCAGCCCCCAUCACCUCAGCCCAGCCCCACCACAACCCUGCCCCACCUCAAUCCAGCCCCAUCACCUCACCCCAGCCCCCAUCACCUCAGCCCAGCCCCCAUCACCUCAAUCCAGCCCCCCAUCACCUCAGCCCAGCCCCCCAUCACAACUUCGUCUGGUGCGAUUGUUGGUGGUGGGCCCUGA